AAGGCAUGGCUCUGAGAGUUACCAGGAACCGACUGGCCUCCACCCGGGCCGAACUGGGCGGAAAGACGUGCUCGGUGGCCGGGCCUACACAGAAGCCCCGCGCGGCCCUCGGAGAAAUCGGAAACGUCGCAGUUAUUAACAAAGAUGUCACGAAAAAGACUAUCAAGACGGAGGUUGCUAAGAAGACAAAGAUCCCAGCUAAAGCUGAGAAGAUCGAGCUACCAAAAGCUGCUGUGGUCCCUGUUAAACCAGCACCUGAAGUGCAGGUGACUGAGGUGCCAGCCCAGGCUGAACGUGCAUCCCCCACCCCCAUGGAGACCUCUGGAUGUGAGUCUGCUGACCUCUGUCAAGCAUUUUCAGAUGUCAUCCUCAACACGGCCAUCAGGGACGUGGAUGCAGAUGACUACGACAACCCCAUGCUCUGCAGUGAAUAUGUUAAGGACAUCUACAAGUACCUCCGUCAGCUUGAGAUGGAGCAGAGCGUAAAGCCAAACUACCUUGAGGGUCAGGAGAUCACCGGAAACAUGCGAGCCAUCCUCAUUGACUGGCUGGUACAAGUGGGCCUCAAGUUCCGUCUGCUGCAGGAGACCAUGUACAUGACUGUGGGAAUAAUCGACCGCUUUCUUCAGGACCAUCCAGUCCCCAAGAAGCAGCUGCAGCUGGUUGGCGUGACCGCCAUGUUCCUGGCCUCCAAAUACGAGGAGAUGUACCCUCCGGAGAUCUCAGACUUUGCCUACGUGACGGACAGGGCUUACACCACUGCUCAGAUCAGAGACAUGGAAAUGACUAUUCUGCGAGUGCUGAAGUUUCAGCUGGGCCGCCCCCUCCCGCUGCAGUUCCUCAGAAGGGCCUCCAAGAUCUAUGAGGUGUGGCGCGGUGUCGGUGCGGCAAACUGUUCUCUUCCACCACUGCAUGUGCUGAGGUGAAGGUGGGAUUUUAUUUUUCUUCAGGUAACUGCUGAACAACACACCCUGGCCAAAUACCUGCUGGAGCUCUCCAUGGUUGACUACGACAUGGCUCAUUUCCCGCCCUCAUUGGUGGCGAGUGCAGCUCUGGCGCUGACUCUCAAGGUCCUGGAUGCAGGGGAAUGGGAUGUGACACUGCAGCAUUACAUGGAGUACACAGCAGAGACCCUGACACCUGUUAUGGCGCACAUCGCUAAGAAUGUCGUGAAAGUCAACAAUGGGCAAACUAAACACAUGGCCAUCAAAGGAAAAUACUCUACAUCAAAGCAGAUGAGGAUCGCCACCAUCUCUCAGCUCAAAUCCUCUGUGGUGAAAGAUCUGGCAACGCAGAUUUCUUAGUGAGGACAGCACAGUGUGCUGCCGUGUACAGAUGGACUGUUGCUGGGAUUCUUGGGAUUGGGCUUUUUACCGACUACAGUUUUGUUUUUAUUUUAAAAGUGUGCCUGAAGUUGUGACAGACAGCCCUCAAUCACAGUAGUUUCACCAAAAGCAUCCAACUCCUGACCCAGCAGGCAAAUGUUUCUAAACAUGUGGAUUUACAACAAUAUGCUACCUGUGUUGAGGUGACUAUGUAAUAUGUACAGUUAUUCUUUUAAAUUUUUGUUGUAUGGGAUGUUUCUGAUUUUUAUUUUUUUUUAAAUGUAUAUUAAAUGGCCUUAUUCUAAGAUUAGUUCCUGUUGUGAUUUUAUUUCUCCACUAGGGGGUGCUCUAAGAACAGUCUGCAGAUGUUUGAGGAUUUAAAUGUUGGUAUUUAGACCAUAAGUUUAAAAAGAUACAGUUUAAUGUUUUAGCUAUAUCCUGUUGGGUUAAAAUCAAUUUCUUCACCAAGAUUAGUCCAAAAGUGGAUGUUGUGUAAAACGCUGUCUAAAGAACUAAAUUUUAAAUUCUUUACUCUAUUUCAAAUACUAUUUUCUGAAAUGUUUUUGUAAAUUUACUCAGUGUUGCAGUAUUAAAGAUGACUACUGUAAAAUUGA